AUGUCACGUGAGGAAAUUGAGAAGUUCAAAGAAGAUGAUGAUUUCUUAAUCAACAGCUUUUUCUCAACUACACUUGACCGUAAAAUAGCAUUGUUUUUUAUCAGUUUAACAGAUCCAAAAGAAGGUUUUGAAAGAGUAUUACUGGAGAUUAAAAUUGAUAUUAAACUUCACACUCGACCUUAUGCUGAUAUUUCAAAGCUACAUUACUGCAAAGGUGAAUCAGAAGUAUUAUUUAUGAUAGGAACUAAAUUAAAAUUAAGAUCGAAAAAGCCUUAUUGGAAUGAAAAUGAAAAAAUUUGGAUUAUUCAACUGGAAUUAUGUCCAAUUCAACAAGAUUCAGAGAAAAAUAAAGUUCCAGAUGAAAGUAUGAGGAAAUCCUUAAAGAAACAUGUUAAUAAAUUACUCAAUCCUUGGUUAUACGUGGUACUUGAACCCAAAGAUAUGCAAGAAAUAUUUAACGCGUUGGUUGAUUUCUAUCCUAAUGAAACAUGGAUUGAUGCUACUCGCAUUCAUUGUCAAGCCAAGAUUCUUCAAUGGCGAUUUGAAAACUUUUAUGAAGCUCUCGAACUGUAUGACGAAGCAUUGUACAAAUGGACGCUAUAUUUAGAAGACGAAGAAAUUGAUUGUAUGGCAGAUAUAGCUGAACUGGAAGCCAAUUUUGCUGAAUGCUAUCGUGAGAAUACAAUGUUCGCUAAUAUGCAUUAUGACAGUGCUAUUAGUUAUUACAAAUUAGCGUUAGAAAAAGAGACCAAUCAGGAAGAAAAAAUGAAUAUAUAUUAUAAGAUGAGUUCAGUGUACGAAGCCAAGAUUCAAGCUUGUUCUUAUGAUGAAGAUAAUGAGAAAGACCGUGAGGAGAAAGUAAGUACUGGUUGCAAUGCAAUACGUCAUCAAGAACACAUUAUUGAACAGUUAUCAAGCCAACACCCAAUUAAUGAAGAGAAAAUUGCUCAAAAUAGAUUAGUAUUAGGAAGCUUUUGUUGGCUAAUUGAUAAAUACGAUGAAGCUAUCCAGCAUUAUAGUACAGCUUUGGAAGUUUUUUUGACAAAUGUCGAUUUGAAGGGGCAUUCGACUGUAUUAUCACGCACAUUAGAACGAUUGGUCAAUAUGUAUGUCAAUCAUAAACAUGAUUAUCAACUUGGGCUCAAAUAUCAACUAAUGAUGCAUGAAUAUAUUCUGAAAGAAAAUGUAAUAGAUGAAACAGAUAAUCAAUAUUGUCGUGAUAGCAAGAAAUAUUCUAUAGCUACGAGUCACAUGAAAUUAGCUGAUAUUUAUGCUCAAUGCCAACUCUACACUGAAAUGAAAGAGCAGUUGUUAAUAUCAAUGAGGUUACGUCAAGAAACUUCGAAAAUUAAUACAGAAAAAAUUGCUGAUAUUGAAACGAAAUUGGUUUAUAUGUACAUUAAAACGAAUCAACCUGACGCCGCAUAUGAACAUUCCAUGGUUGCAAUAAACCUAUACGAAGAAUGUAAGAAACGAUUAGAAAAAGAUAAGGACAGUGACAAAGCUGCGAUUUUCGAAGAAAAGAUUAGCACAGUAUAUGAACAACUGAAUAUGUACGACGAGGCCAUUGAAAGACUUCUGACAGCUCAAAAUUUAUACAAAACAGAAAGGCAGCGUAAAGAAGAUGGUCUUAAAGGUUUUUUCGGCCAAUAUUUGGAAUACAAGCGAUUAUAUCAUUUGAAGAUGAAAGAAAUGGAUACAAAUAUUAAAGCAGAUCAGAGGAGAUUGGAGGAAAUUUCAGCUCGAUUAACACCAGACAGUAAAUAUUACGCUAUGUUUACCAGUUAA